CAGUUAUCAAAAACAAACUGACGAGUGAAGAUGGUUGUUGUGUUGCUCGCAAUUAUAGUGAUCGCCAUUUACUAUUUCGGCACCCGCAAUCACGACUACUGGGCCAAGAGAAAUGUCAAGCAUGAUCCGCCAGUGUUUUUGUUCGGAAACAACUACAAGGGUUUCAUUGGACAACGAAGCUUCACACAGGUAGCCAACGACCUCUACAACCGGUUCCCGAAUGAGAAAGUAGUCGGCUACUACAGGGGAUCCACCCCGGAACUAUACAUAAGAGAUCCAGAUAUCAUCAGGGAGAUAUUGAACACCGAUUUUGCUUAUUUCUAUCGACGGGGUCAUGGAAAAGAUCCAAAGGUGGAGCCGUUGUCAGCUAACUUGUUCGGUGCCGAAGGAGAUCUAUGGAAGCUUCUGCGACAACGAAUAACGCCCGCGUUCACGACUGCCAAGCUGAAGGCGAUGUUUCCGCUGGUGGUGCGGUGUGCCGAGCGGCUGCAGGACGUGGCGCGCGCCGCCGCGGGCCGGUCCGACGCAUGCGACGUCCGCGAACUCAUGGCGCGGUUCACCACAGAAUUUAUCGGAGCAUGUGGCUUUGGUGUUGAUGCUGAUUCCCUAGGAAAUGAAAAUUCAGCCUUCAGAAACAUCGGCAGGAUGAUCUUUGCUACACCACUCCCGAUAAUAAUUAAAGAAAUGUUGUAUCAACUUUUGCCACCAAUGAGAUCAUUCCUCCAUGUUGCCAAUCCGAAGCUUCGUGAUGAAAUAAUUGAAUUGGUAAAAACUAUACGAGAAGAUAGGCAAUGUAAACCUUCUGGUCGACAUGAUUUCAUAGACCUACUUUUAGAAUUGGAAACCAAGGGAAAGAUCGUAGGAGAAUCAGUUGAACAUAGGAAUGCUGAUGGGACCCCUUUAAUUGUGGACAUGGAAAUGGAUAUCAUAAUGAUGGCAGCUCAAGUAUAUGUCUUCUUUGGUGCAGGUUUUGAAACAUCGUCAUCUGCUACAAGCUUUUUAUUGCACCAACUGGCGUACAACCCUGAAAUACAAGCUAAGAUUCAGUCGGAGAUAGAUGGAGUGUUGCAAAAAUAUGACAAUAAGUUGUGCUACGAUGCGGUAGCAGAGAUGACAUUGCUUGGUAUGGCUUUUAAAGAGGGAAUGAGAAUGUUUCCGUCGCUGGGCGUACUGAACCGUGUCUGCGCGCGGACGUAUACAUUCCCUCAACUAGGUCUAACCAUUGAUCCUGGAGUAAAGAUUGUGAUCCCGGUGGAAGCGCUGCAAAAUGAUGAGAAGUAUUUCGACAACCCGCGGGAGUUCCGGCCGGAGCGAUUCACUCCGGAAGAAAUUCAGAAGCGACACAAAUACGUGUAUUUACCUUUUGGAGACGGACCCAGAGCGUGUAUAGGACUACGUCUAGGCGAGAUGCAGUCGCUGGCGGGGCUGGCAGCAGUGUUGCAGCAGUGCAGCGUGUCGCCGGCGGCCGAGACCCGGCGUGUGCCGCCGCUCGACUCCCGCUCGAACAUUGUACAAGCUGUCCGGGGAGGAUUGCCACUCAAGCUCACCAGUAGAGAUGUGUCAUACGCGAGUGAGUGAUAACUCUUCAUAACGCUAACUCUUCAACUUCAGUUUCAUCUCGCUCAUUUCGCUCAGUAACUUACCUAUCAUUACGGGGUCAAAGGAAUUUUGGCCAAGAUGGGACACGCUGACAACAUUGAUUGUCGCAUGUGUGGUGAAGAGGAAGAAACCGUCAGAUAUCUAAUGUGUGAAUGUCACGCUAUCGCCAGACAAAGAAUGAAGAACUUUGGAGCAGGCUACCUGGCACCAAAGGACUUCAGAGAGCUAUCCAUGAGCCUCAUCAUCCGAUACGUGGAGAUUUUCGAGAAGCUCCUGAAUAGCUGUAUGGUCUUAGGAUAGUAGGGGGUGAUUGCACAAAAGAUCCCGAUGGGUCGAAGUGUAUCCGUAAGGGCCCCGGCAGAUUUAAGAUAAGAUAAGAUAACUUACAUAUCUCAGAGUUACUUGCGCGCAUUUUCCCAGCCAUGAUUCGAAUGAGCGGGUAGAACCAAAAGAGCGAAACGAUACAAAUGUUCGGAAUGACAGCUUCGGAGCGAUUCGGAAGGAUUUGGUUUGGCAAUGUGGCGGUAUCGUGUCACAUGAUUAGCAAUCUUGCUCAAAAUAGUCUGACAGAUUUACUGAGCAAAAUAAGCGGAAUGAGAGAAAUUAUUAAUAUACCUAUAUCACCGCGAGCGACAGACAUUGAAUCACUCUUUUCACCUCAGUGAAGCGUUUUGCGCAUGCGCAUCUCUUCUCACCAACAGACGAUAUAGAAUAAACAACGGACCUUACAGAUUACCUACAAAGCAUUACAGAGUAUAUAGUAAAUACAUACUCGUAGUAUCAAAAUUAAGUACUUAUUUUACUACAUAUUCCUAAACUGACGCCUGUAUCCCUAAAAGGUAAAACACAUGUACAAGUAAAUGUUGAAGUUUCAGUGAUAUAACUUAAGGGUAUUAAAAUGUAUUAUAAUGAAAGUGAUGUUAUGCUUUUGUAAUAAAUUUAGUUGCUUAUCA